AUGGAAGAAAAUGAACAAAAGCUUCAUGAGUUGGGAGUUCACCUUGUUUCUCAAAGCUCUUUAGAGAAUCGAAUCGAGUCAAAUGCGCAACACCUUAUUGAUCAGCAGUCUAUUGAGCAAGAGCGCAAACGACUGGACAAAUGCAACGAUGCGCUACAGAGACUGUUGAAGAAAAGAAGUGUGCUAGAACACAAGAUAAGGAAUACAUCACGAAUCAGUGUCAGGAAUAAGUUUCAAGAGCAAAUUGUGAGCUUAGAAAAUGAUGAGAUAGCGCCUUUGAAGGCUGAUGUUCGUCAAAUCGAAGCUCGACUAAAUGAGUUAACUGAGCAAAAUCAUACCAAUAACGGAAAAUCACAAGAUCUUGAUUCAUCAGAAAGGCACCCAGAUGAGUCAGAAAAGGAUUUCUUGAUCAGAACGGGUAAAAUAACGGCGUUCGGGACCGCAGCUACUUUCCAGAUGGAAGCAGACAAUAAUAACUUAAAAACAGAUCUCGCGGCACAGGAAGACGACGAAGAUGACAUGGACGAAGACUAUCCGGGCUCCGAUGCGAAAGAUCUGGAAUUAUCGGAUUUCGAAAAGGACAGCGAGCCUGAUUUUGAAUCUUCAGUUUCAAAAGACGACGGCGACGAGCUUUACUACCAGGUGAGGUUGAGGAAAUGGAUCGUGGAUCGUAGUUCUCAAAGAACGACAGAUUCGAACCCUGAAGAUCCAGAAUGGCUCAAGCCCCAUCCACUUCUGCCAGAUGCCAAGCUAAACGACGACUUCAAGAUUCCAGGAGAUAUUUUCUCGCUGCUAUUUAAUUAUCAGAAAACUUGUGUCCAGUGGUUAUAUGAACUCCACCAGCAACACUGUGGUGGUAUAAUUGGGGAUGAAAUGGGUCUAGGGAAAACAAUUCAGGUGAUUGCAUUCCUGGCAUCGCUUCACCAUUCAGGAAAGUUAAAUGGGCCUGUUAUCGUUGUCUGUCCUGCUACCGUCAUGAGGCAAUGGUGCAAAGAGUUUCAUACUUGGUGGCCAUCCUUCAGAGUAGUAAUAUUGCAUUCAAUUGGAGCUGGAAUGGUUCAGCGCGACAAGCUGAGUGAAGAGGAACUCGAAGAAAUGUUCAUGACUGCCGCACCAGGAAAAGUGACGUUUGAAGAUUACACCGAUUCCCGCAAAGCCAAAGCAUCAGUGGAAGGUUCGCUAGCCAGAGAAAAUCUUAUAAACAAAGUGGUUCAAGACGGCCACAUUUUAAUUACAACUUAUGUGGGACUCAGAUUGCAUAGCGGUAAGCUGUUGAAUGUAAACUGGGCGUAUGCCGUCUUAGAUGAAGGCCACAAAAUUAGAAAUCCUGAUUCUGAGAUAGCUCUGAUUUGCAAGCAGCUAAAAACCAAGAACAGAAUUAUUCUUUCUGGAACCCCAAUCCAAAACAACUUGGUAGAACUUUGGAGUCUUUUCGAUUUCAUUUUUCCUGGUAGACUAGGUACUCUACCUAUUUUCCAGCAGCAGUUUGCUGUCCCUAUUAACAUGGGUGGGUAUGCAAAUGCGACGAACAUACAAGUACAAACAGGAUACAAGUGUGCGGUGGCCCUACGAAAUCUCAUCGCACCUUUUCUUUUGAGAAGAAUAAAGGCUGACGUUGCAAAGGAUUUGCCUAAAAAGAAUGAAAUGGUUCUUUUUUGUAAAUUAACAGAGUAUCAACGAAAGAAAUACGUCCAGUUCUUAAACUCUGACGAACUGGUUAAAAUUAAAAAUGGGAAAAGACAGGUUCUGUACGGCAUUGACAUUUUGCGAAAAAUCUGUAACCAUCCAGACCUGCUAGAUAAGAAUCUAGCGAGAACAAGUUCCUCCUAUGGAGAAAGUAAGAGAUCGGGUAAAAUGCAAGUUGUGAAGCAGCUUCUGAAAUUAUGGCACUCAGAAGGACACAAGACUUUACUUUUUGCUCAAUCUCGACAAAUGCUUGAUAUUCUGGAGCAAUUUAUUUCUCAGAGAGAUGAGGUAGAACAUCAAUUAAAAUACCUGAGAAUGGAUGGCACAACUAAAAUAGGCGUCCGCCAAAGUCUCGUGGACAGCUUUAAUCGAGGUGAUUACGAUGUAUUUCUCUUGACCACCCGUGUGGGUGGGCUUGGUGUGAAUCUGACAGGUGCAAAUCGCAUUAUCAUCUUUGAUCCUGACUGGAAUCCUUCCACAGACAUGCAGGCUCGUGAGCGGGCAUGGAGAAUAGGCCAGAAAAGAGAAGUGACAAUUUAUAGACUUCUGGUGGCCGGAUCAAUUGAGGAGAAGAUAUAUCAUCGUCAAAUUUUCAAGCAAUUUUUGACAAGCAGGAUCUUGAAUGAUCCUAAACAGAAACGUUUUUUUAAAAUGAACGAACUACACGAUUUAUUUACUCUGGGCGGUGAAAGUGCCUUAGCAAGCGAAGAAUUUGAAGAAGAGAUUUCCAGAAACACCCGAAACAUCAAGCAAUCAACAUCAACUGAAAGUGAUGAUUUCGACAAAGUGGGCCAACUUACCGGCGUUUCGAAAUUAGAAGGCUUUUAUAGCGGGAAAGAAAAAGAAGAGGGUUCAAAAAAUGAUGAAGAGAGAUUAAUACAAGGCCUAUUUGGUGGUAAUAUAGAGAACGCGCAGAGUCAUAAUUCAGUUGUUCAGUCCCACUCCAGACCUUCUUCAGACAUAAUUUCUAAGGAGGCCUCCAAAAUUGCAGAAAAAGCUGUUGCAGCUCUGCGCAAAUCCCGGAUGAUCACGAAAAGAGCCGAAGUUGGUACUCCGACUUGGACUGGAAGAUUUGGAUCCGCAGGCCGAGUACGAAAGAAAACAACUUCAGCGGCUGCAGGCUCAGCUGCCAUUUUAUCAUCUAUCAAGAAAAUGAGCAAAGAUGAAAAGAAACCAGGUCCUAUUCCACAAACUCCUUCCCAAGGUUUUCAGAGCCUCAUAAGUCGAAUGCAAAUGGUUUUAAAUUCUAGUGCAGAAUACAGAAUGAAAUCAUCUGAAAUUAUGGAAAAUUGCGGUGUAUCUCUAAAAACUCAGGAGGACAUUGCCAAUGUUCGCGCCUUGUUGAGAGGAAUUGCAGUAUUCGACAAGGAGAAUAAAACUUGGGUUUUAAAAGAAGAAUUUAGAGACAAAGAGUGA